AUGGGUAUCUCCGACAAUGACGUGCAGAAGCAGCUUCGCCACAUGAUGGCAUUCAUCGAGCAAGAGGCAAAUGAAAAAGCUGAGGAAAUUGAUGCUAAAGCAGAGGAAGAAUUCAACAUCGAAAAGGGUCGAUUGGUGCAGCAGCAACGUCAAAAGAUCAUGGAGUUUUACGAGAAGAAAGAGAAGCAAGUGGAACUCCAAAGAAAGAUUCAGUCUUCUAACUCUCUCAAUGAAGGACGUCUUCUGUGUCUCAAGGCGCGUGAAGAUCACAUUCGAAAUGUUCUCGAUGAAGCACGCAUGAAUCUGUCAAAGAUUUCCAAUGAUCAAGCACGGUAUCCCGCUAUUCUUAAGGGACUCAUCAUGCAGGUACGUUUCUAUUUUUGUUUUUAUGAAUGUUUAUGA